AUGCCGAGAUUUGCUCCUCAUGCAGCCCGGGCUUUGCGAACUACUUGGUGCCAGCCUUGCCUUGACAGGGUUCCAGCGGGGCAGACGAAGUGGUAUGAUGGCGGAGGUCCUCCGUACGAUUGCAAUUGGUAUAAAGCGCAGCCUGCCACGUGCAAAUGGGGAACUUUGAUAACGAGAAGUCGGUUCGGCAUGCGUCCAGGUCAAGCCUGCUGUGCCUGCGGCGGUGGAUCUCGGGAAUGCGUAGCACGUUACGAAGGAACUGUGAGCGGGACGGACGUUCGCAAGACCAUAGUGACUGGCCGCAAUGACAUUGAGCUGGAUGGCGCCUGCUGUCAACUCUGCAAUGCCAACCCUCAAUGCGAGUAUUGGGUCCGUGAUCUGGGUUCCAGCGGAACAAGAUAUUGCUGGCUGAAGAGGUCGGCGGCAUUGAUUCCGCCAUUUCAAGGAAUCACAUACCGCGUGGGCUACAAGGUUUGCAGCAUCGUGGAUGGGAGUGCAGCAAGUUCAGCGUACCCAUGUGUAUGUGGGGAGACCGAGUGCACAAAGGGACAAAGAUGUUAUGCCAGUGACAGCUAUUGUGCCGGGUAUUUCGUAUCUGAGGAGCAUGAGUGGCAGACGAGCCCUCCUCCGGUGUGCACGUCGCCGGCUCGAGCACUGACCAAUGCAGAGUGCCGAACUUCUGGCAGCAGUUUAGGAUUACUGGAUUGGACCUGGGAAAACCUUGCCACUUGGGGGCCGCAAGGCUGCCACGUGUAUGGUCGCUACCUGCAAUGGAGAGAUUGGCAUGCAUGGUUCCCGGACAAAUUCCGUCAUGUCUGCAUAUAUGAGAAUAGCAUUAUUCCCGGCAUGUGGCCAUCGAUGAGACCAAGCGCCAGCUCAAAUGUUCUGGGAUAUCUCGGGGGAUGGUUAGGCAAUCCAGUGUUUACGACAUUCCUUCAAAGAGCUCGGCAUUUCCAGGAACCUGCAUCCAAACCGACGUGGAACCGGGUGCGUGGUACAGGGUGGACUUUGCAGAUGUGGCAGUUCACCAGCGUGACUCUUCUCCAUCGUGCAGACUGCUGCGAGGAAAUGUUGCAAGACGUCAAUAUCCUGAUUGGGAAUGUUGGGAGCAGCAGCUUCAGCACAUGCGCAUCGAAUGUGCAUGUGAGAGGUGGGCAGGCCCUAAACGUGCCCUGUGUUGGGACAGGCUCACGGAUUCAGGUCCAACACAACGGCAACAAGGCCUUAUCACUGUGUGGCUUUACGGCUUUUGGUCGACAAGCUGCGCUUGCAGAGUUACUUACGGUCGGAAACAUCACAGAGAUUUCAGAUUUCCCGGAUGCCCCGGUCAUCCCGGAUCCCCCGGUCUUCGAUCCCUCGGAUCCUCUCAAGGCAACCCCAAGAGUCGAAGCCAUUGUGGUCAGUGGCCAUUGUGAGGCAGACACAAAUGGCAUCUAUGUCAGCUCUUCCAAUGGCACAUUCUACAGGGCCGACACUGACCACUACUUCUAUUUUGAUCCUGAUUGCGAUGGGCACGGCGCAUACGCAAGGUGGAUUCUGGGCACCAGCCCACCUAAUACCUCAAGAUCUUCAGACCUUGAUGAUGACGGAGCGUGCAGCUACAUGGCUGGAAUUGCUUCCCAAGGCACCAAGCCGCCGAUGGGAACUCAGAUGUGGAGGAUGCUUUGUGAUGAGAUUUUUGAGGUCAAAAGCAUGACGCUUGAGGUUGGUGAUACCCCCGACUGGCAGAACCAUUUCGGUCUGGGUUGCGCGAGCUACGUUGCCAGAGGGUGGUGCAGCAAUGAAGCGUACUUGAGCUUUUCGGCAGUACCACAGGAAUGCCAAGGCAGCAGUUCGUUUAGGCGAGACGGCCACUGUGCGGCAUUCUACAACUACCCUGGCCAAAACUGUGUAGCUUGUGGUAAGGGCUCAGAGGCAGCGAACUGCAGUGUCAUCGAUGGGAGCUCGUCCAGCUCAAGCUAUCCAUGCACAUGUGGAACUGCCACAUGCACAGACGGUCAAAGAUGCACGUCCAGUUCAAGCACUUGCCAGUUUGGACAGUCUGGGCCAACUCAGGUCAGCGGCACGGUCUGGAUGGCGUUGUCAAACUGCACAGAGUUCAUUGCCGACCCAAACUCCUCCGACGCUGUUGCUGCAGGUGUGGCCAAGAACUUGCGCCUGCCGGUUUCGUUCAUCACUGCACAGCUUGAAUGUGGUGCUUCUCUCCUAGAGAGUGAGGACAUGCGAAGCCAGCGGCUGGAUCCAAUGCGAGUGGAAUUCUUGGUCACUAUUCCGCAAGCCAGCCUGCACAUCUAUGGGAUAGAAGAAAUCAUCGGCAACAUUGGCAAUGCAAGUUUUGCUGCUUUGACAAGUGACAUCUCCUCCGCAAGUGCCGACAGUGGCAUUAGAACCUUAGUCGUUGAGACGACUGGCAUCUCGACACCUACAGCGACAGGGCCGGUCACAGAAGGACCCACUGAAGGGCCCACUGAAGUGCCCGCUGAAUGGCACUGCCAGACUUGGCUGGCGAAGUGUCGCAAAUGGCGGAUCGCAUUUGCGUGCAACAAGUUCUUCCGGCCCUGCUCGGACAAGAAACACUUCCAGAAAAAGGCGCCGUCGUAUUACAGCAAAUCCUACUACAGCAGCUGA